AUGGUUUUUAGAAAUAUAAAGCUACGAAAAGAUGGACAAUUCCUUGGACUAAUGCUUAUCGAAUCAUUUCCAGCUCUUGGCAGAUCUUGGGAUUUGUUUGAAUGUUCUGGAAAGGCUUUCAAUAUGAACCAGAUGAGCUGGUUAAAGCAGUGUCAAUUUGGUCCAAGAAUAGCGAAAUAUUCUGUCAGUUGUGGAUAUCGGCCAGAGAACUUUGAUUCUUCGGCUAGAAUCAAACGUGAAAAGAUUGAAGAUAUGUUGAAUAUCAUCCGGAAGGAAUCGCUGAGUUGUGACCCCAGAUCAAUAGGAUUGAUAUUUGCCGGCCCAAAGGCCACUCCUGAGGAUUUUCAGAUAUCAAAUUUCUCUGGUAUUGAAUAUAGUCAAUUUGAAAAUGUUGAGCUAAAGGCUCAUACUUAUAAACUCUGGCAAAUGGACCAAGAUUGA